AUGAUCUGGUCACGAAAACCAUCUCGAGGUCCUCUUUUGUGUAAUCUGUCAGCUGUCAUACUACACAGCGACGACUUCAAGGAUCUCGCCAUUUUUCCUCGCCUCGUAAUCGGCCCGCAUAUUAGGACAAUAAAAAUUGACCCGAGGGAUUCGUUUUCGUGGGCGAAUUUAACGGCCGUGCUAAAGAAGGCUGCACCGACGGAUCUUUCAAGUUUUAUGCUCAGAAGAUUUGACUCCACUUUAUCGUGGUCAGUGGCUGAGUCGUUGGAACUUUUGUUGAUCCUCCGCGGUGCUAAGACACUGGACACUGGUCGCAUGUUCCUCACAUCCCAUGCCAUAUCCCUCAUUGCUACAUUCCCUGCACUCGAAGAUCUCAAGUUUUCAGUCACAGAACGGGAGAUGGAGGGUUGUACCGCUUCUAUGGUUGGGAAUAGUUUCCAGACCAUCACUUCCCUAGCCAUUCGCUCGGAUUCCGACAAUGCCUGUCAAAUGAUGCUCAUGCAGAUACAGUCAAGAACAUGCCGGUCAUUGGAGCUCAACCGAACCUCACACGAUACGAGUUGGGAUGUUGGGAAGCUUUCUUUAGCUCUCCAUGUGUGCAACAUGGCGUCAAGCCUGGAAAGUUUGCAUGUGUGCAAUGACCUAUGGAAGGACUACGGAUCUUUCAACAUAAAUGCUCGUGCGCUCAAACACUUGCAUUCAUUCGAGCAAUUGCGCGACUUGUCUGUAGACCCAUCUUCUGUUGAUCUGUGUGACAACGACCUUCUGGAACUUGCCAAGUCGCUACCUCAAUUGCGAUCACUCGUUUUCUCCGAACACUACGUUCUAAACAACCAGCCGAAUUGCACAUUCAUCGGAAUGCAGCACGUCAUUCAGUUUUGUCCACAUCUGCAAAAGUUGGAUAUUUGCGUUGAUGCACGUCAAAUCCCCAUAUUCGCUACCCAGCCUGACGGAGAGUAUCCCAUUGGCUUUCACCUUACUAGCGUCAAUCUCCGGAAUUCCCCUGUCUCAAAUGCCUGCGACGUUGCAUCCUAUCUGAUCAUGCUCCUCCCAGUUCUCAGGAAUUUUGAUACUGCAUAUAGUGAUGGAACAACGGAUUAUGAGGAGGGGCAGGUCGACGUCUAUCAGGCGAUCUGGUUAGAGGCAGAGCAACUACUACUGAUAAUCAUUCAGACUGUCCUCAAGGUUUAUAUGAACGCUUAUGGUUACCCGUGGGGUUAUCCGCAAUACAAAUUUAUUCAUGAGCACUUAGCUAUACUCAAGCAGCUCGCCCCUCGGGUUACAGCUACUCAAAGCCUCAGGACGAUGAAGACAAUGACAAUGAAGAUGAGGGGUACGAAGAAGACAAAGCCGAAGAAGGGGGAGAAAGAAAAGGAGUUCAAGCUCGAAAUCCUUGUUUGGACUGUUCCGUUCAUGCGGAAUCUCAUGAUUCAUCAAGCGAGUCGCAGUUCUGAAGGAAGGAGCUAUCUGUGUACUACCUGCACAGUCCGACCACAGAGCACACCCGUAACCCAACCUCAAAGCGACUCUCGCCUUCCCUCCAUCUCCUCCUGGCUUCCCGUCUCUGUCAUCGAUACAUCCCUCCUCCCCCCUCAGCACACCUCACUAACUCCGUGCUCAUACCUCACCUUGCGCCUUUCCUCUACGCACUUUGACCCCCACACCUCCCAGGGCGUCGUCCACCCUGUCAAGCGUUUCCACUACCCAAAGCAGAACAUCCAACCGCUGCGUCCCUCCUCCUGCAGAUCAGCGCUUCGUCCCCGCCGUUCAGGGCGUUUUCCUUCAUAUAGUCUCCCAGAUCCAAGCAAGUCUGGGUAUUUUGAAGGCCCAAACGCCGGGGUCGUUGUUGAGCUUGGAUAUUUGAGGCAUCAAAGGUUCAAGAUGAGCCUCAAAGUCGCAAACGUCAUAUCUACUCCUUUCUUGAUCGAAUUCACACUCCUAUUUUUACGAUUCAACCCAUAUAACAGCCUCACAUCAUGGCACCACCAUCACGCAAAAACUCCUCCAGCGCGACCCAACUAUAACGCGGGUGGUCCUGGCCAAUUUCGCGCGUACGAUGGACGAGCUAUCGGUUUUCGAUUCCCAGGAGCUACUCCUAAUAUCACCCUCGCCAACGUACCAGGCAAUCCUUUGCAGAAGGUCAUGGCGAUGAUCCAAGAUCUACGCAACGAGAUCGGUGAACUCAAAGCUGAGCAAAGGAACCUCAAUGCCCAGCUAACAACCCUUCAACCGAUCGCCCGGAGAAUUCUCGUUGAUACCUAUCUCUUCGUCAAAGGCUAUCUGCCUUCCUCCGGUGGUGCUCGGAAUACCUGGAUCAGUUCAAACAUCACCAACCUUACACCUCCCACAGGUACCACCACAGCGGCCUUCGAACAAAAACUCAUGAGCUAUCGUAAAGACGGUGACUCUUGCACCCAUUCCACGGAAACCCUUGCCAUCGCUCUCGCCCUUGAUGCUCUAAAUCCCCGAGACGCAGAUUUAGAGUACAUGUUUCACUUCUGCUUUGGACAUCGGGUCGAGGAAGAAUUAGACGGCAAGGUGCCAUCAACUUUGGUGGAUGAAGAAACAGGCCAGAGAGGGCAUGUGAUGCUUGUCGUCAUGCCCAACAGGCACUGCUAUGGAAGCCUCAAACCCUAG